AUGCACGGCACAGGACGGCAUACUGCCCGACGUUCGAUCGGACAUCACGGAGGAGCGGAGGCUCUUUUAUGUGGGCGUUACGCGGGCAAUGGACAAGCUAUUCUUGUCGCGCUGCAAGGGAACAUACACAGUGUUUACCGGCCGGACCGUGUUCUGACAUCCGCGUACUGGGACGUCUUGGCCACGUUGCCCUCCCUCGUACCCCCGGGGCCUCUGGGGCUGCUAGGACUGGGCGCCGGCACCAUUCCAAGAAUCAUUGGAGCACACUACCCCUGUCGUACAUUACGGGACGACGAUGACGGCAGCAGCGCCGCUACUGCCGCUGCGGCUGGGGAGGACGGCAACGACCAAAACGACCGGUUCGUUGUCCACGGUUGGGAGUUGGAUCCCGGGGUGGUUAUGGCGAGCCGGCUUUAUCUGGGAAUGGACGAGCUGGAGAUUAAUGGAGUGCUGAUAACACACACCGGAGAUGCGCUGUCCUCGACUUCCUCCGUGCCGGGCGGCUUCACUGGCGUCAUUGUGGACCUCUUCGCGGGGGGAAAAUUGCUUCCGCAGCUUACAAAGCGGGUGACCUGGGAGGGUAUUCGCGACCGGUUGAUGAUGACGUCCGCGGACAGCGUGGCGGGUACUUCCCCCUCCUCCCCCGGCCUCUGCCCCCGGGUGAUGGCCAACCUAGGCCAGGCGCCACCUGCCGUACCCGGUGUACGAUGGCAGCCGGAGGCCUACACAACAUUGCGAGCGUACGAGGCAAUGGAAGCGGCGUUCGACGGAGAGGUCUCGCUCCUGACUGUUGAGGACAACACCAUCGCCCUGAGCGGCCCCCUUCCGUCUCGUCAGCAGUGGCCACGUCAGCUCCCCCCGGGGCUCACGCACGUGGCCCAGCAGGCGAGGGGGAGCUGGGCCAGGGACGUAUACCCGCUGCAGACAACCGCGCUCGCAGCAACCCCCCUGGACCGCCAUGACUGGUUUGCUUUCGCCUCGUGGGCGGGUGAGUGGGUGGGCGGCCAUGCGCACACACAUGCAUUCAUACACACAAACCCUAAGCCAGGAACGGGGUAUUAUCCGUACACCCGCACACGGGAGUGCCCGCCAGUGAUCCCGGCUCCCAAUGGCAGCAGCCGUUCAUUUAGGGGCCACAUUUAG